GGCCCAGGACAGGGUUUCAGAUAUGCCCGCUCCGAAGUGGUAAGGGCUUACAGCCCGAUGCUGUGAGUAAUUGGGCGCUUCACUGCGGCUCUGUGGACUAUAGCUUGAAAGUUGGGGACGUGGGGGUCGGGGUUUGAGCCGUCGUAUUAGGUUAUAAGUCAUGCUUGUCGAUGCUGGAUCUAGAGUUAUAGGCCAACCACCUGCACGCAAGCAUGAUUACUUACCUAACUCUGCAGCGCUUUACUUACCAGCCCUGCGUAAAGCCUCCAUCCAUGGAUGUGGUUCGGCGAUCCAUGGAAACGGCAAGAGUGAGAGGUGGACGCCCAUGAGAUCGCCACCCAACACCGAUCAUGUAGUAGGUAGGGGCAGUUCCUGGCUUCCUAUGGACACACGUAGCAGCGCAGUAAGGUAUAGGUCGUCUAGAUCGAGUGAAGUGAGAGGAUAUUGGUUCUUGCACCAGGGCUAUCCCAUCACCGGGUUCACUGGUCUGAAAGAGUCGAAGCAUCUCAGGCCGGAGAACACAAUGCUAAGGUACGAAGGUAAGAGCCCUUCCUUUUCGGCUGAGAGUAUGCCCCACCGUCCCGUCUUGGGGUUUUUGUUCGAGGCUGUCAGGGUGUGGCCCACGAGCUCGGUGAGUCCUUUGGGCCAUAAGAGACUGCAUCACGCGACACUGGAUCUGCCCAGAGAUGGCUGAAAUCGCAGAUGUCCAGGUAGUACUCCGUAAGGAAGGUAGGAGUUGGGACAACAGAGGAGUAAUGUACUAAACGUUGUUACUUUAUCACCCAUCCUUCCUGAUCUCAUCGGCAUAAAUCAUUCAAGACUCCUGUGAACGAGCAAAUUGAGUAUUAUUGGUUCCUGGACUGACGGAUGUCUUGGGAGCUUGGAUUGUUAUGGCAGUGGUCAGCCAAAAAGUGUUGGAGAGAGAGGCUUAACUUCAUUCGUGAAAUUUCACA